AUGAUGAGAUUUGUUGAAGAUAACCACUUGAAAGCUGUGUUUCCAUACAUCGACAACAUAACUGUAUGUGGAAAGGAUCAAGCUGACCAUGAUGCUAACCUCAUAUUAUUCCAGGAGGCUUCUCAAAAGGCGAAUCUUAAAUUCAACGACAGCAAAAGCGUCUUCUCUGCUCAACGACUGCCGUUACUGGGAUAUGUCAUUGAAAAUGGUUCUAUUAGUCCAGACCCCGAAAGAUUAAGGCCUCUACUGGAGCUCCCACUGCCGCAAAGCUCAAAGGCUCUUAAUAGAUGUCUGGGACUUUUCUCUUACUAUUCUCAAUGGGUUCCUUGUUUCGCCGACAGAAUUAAACCCAUAACCAGCUGUAGAUCAUUUCCUUUAUCUUCUGAAGCACAGAAAGCAUUUGAAGACUUAAAGAGGAUCAUUGCCAAAGCUGCUGUCUCUGCCAUAGACGAGAGUAUUCCAUUUGAGGUGGAAACAGACGCCUCAGAUGUAGCGCUAGCCGCUACCCUAAAUCAGAAGGGCAGACCUGUAGCCUUUUUCUCCCGCACCCUUCAAGGUAGUGAACUGAAACACUCUGCUGUAGAAAAGGAGGCUCAAGCAAUAGUUGAGUCGGUCAGGCACUGGAGACAUUUUCUCACCGGGUCCCACUUCACUCUAAAAACGGACCAAAAGUCAGUUUCCUACAUGUUCAACCAGCGUCAUCAAGGAAAGAUUAAGAAUGACAAGAUAAUGCGCUGGAGGAUUGAACUGAGUUGCUAUAGCUUUGACAUAGAGUAUCGACCAGGCAGAGAUAAUGUAGCACCGGAUACCUUCUCACGAGCCACGUGUGCUUCUAGCGUCAGUGAUGCUCUCUACAAGCUCCAUGAUUCGCUCUGUCACCCUGGGAUUACCCGAUUAUGGCAUUUUAUUCGAGUCAAGAACUUGCCUUAUUCUCUAGAAGAUGUUAGGAGGACUGUGAACUCCUGUCCAAUCUGUUGUGAAUGUAAACCGGUAUUCCACCGCCCGGACCCAGUUCAACUUAUAAAAGCUACCCAACCCUUUGAACGAAUCAACAUUGACUUUAAAGGGCCACUUCCUUCCAACGACAAGAACAAAUACUUCCUGAAUGUUGUUGAUGAGUUUUCACGGUUCCCGUUCGUUUUCCCUUGCCCUGAUGUGUCUACUCCGACCGUUAUAAAGUGUCUCACCACAUUGUUUUCUCUAUUUGGUAUGCCUGCCUAUGUGCAUUCUGACAGAGGGGCUUCGUUUAUGAGUCAAGAGUUACGGGAAUUCCUCUCUAGCAAAGGUGUAUCUACAAGUCGUACAACCAGUUAUAACCCCACAUGUAAUGGUCAAGUUGAGAGGUACAAUGGCACUGUAUGGAAGGCGAUUACAACAUCUCUUAAGUCAAAGAAGCUUCAGGCAGAACAGUGGCAAUUGGUCCUGCCAGAUGUGUUGCACUCGAUCCGUUCUCUUCUGUGCACCGCAACGAAUGAGACUCCGCAUGAACGUUUCCUGAACUUUUCACGCCGUUCAUCCACAGGUAGUUCGAUCCCCUCUUGGCUGGCUGAACCUGGCCCUGUUUAUGUAAAGCGUCAUGUACGACACAGUAAGUUUGAUCCUCUGGUUGAAAAAGCUGAUGUUCUCCAGACCAAUACUCACUACGCUCACGUUCGUUAUCCUAAUGGCAGAGAAACAACAGUUUCAACCAAGAAUCUUGCUCCUUGUGGUCAAGUGGAACUUCUAGAACCACCCUCUUCAAUCCAGCUCCCAGUCGUUAAACCCAAUAUUUCUAGUGAGUUUUCUCCCGUCAACGAUCAUCAUGUUGAUAAGACGCAAGAACCAACUAAAGAACCAGAACCCAGAGAAUUGAGGAGAUCACAGCGAGAGCGCCGCCCUGUAGAUAGGCUCAAUUUAUAG